AUGUCCCCCCUUCCCGCAUGUGGGGUGAAGCACAACAAUCUCAAACCCAGGGAAAUGGAGUCCGCUGCACGCAAUGCAGGAGUCUCUGAACCCGUACUGGCCAAGUACCGCCAUCUGAGCGCAUCACACACGAACACCCUCGAGAGCUUUCCGAUCCUCGUCACCGCGUUGGUAUGCGGGAACUUUGCAGGACUGAGGGGAAGGGUGAUGAACAUUUACGCUUUGGGAUAG